AACAAAGUACUCACGACACAGCAACCAGUUCUUUAAGAAAGAUUUGAGCACUAUGAUUUCAAAAUUAAUAUUCGUGUGUCUCGCGGUACAGUUAGCUUUUGUAACCGCCUGUCCUCCCAUUGUUAGUAGAGAUGAUUGGGGUGGAUAUGAUCCGUUUCAGGACCAGAAGUUCCCAGGUCCAGUAAACAUAGUAAUAAUUCAACACACGGCCACUUCAAGAUGUACCACGGACUCGGCAUGUAGAAUUAUGAUACGUAGUAUCGAAGACUAUCACGUCGAUGUCUUAAACUACAAUAGCAUUGGAAUGAAUUUCAUGAUUGGUGGAAAUGGUAAAAUUUACGAAGGUGCUGGCUGGGAACAAAUAGGGACCCACACCCAUGGAUUUAACGAUAGAUCGAUCAGUAUAUCAUUCAUCGGAAACUACGAGCAUGACCAGCCAACUGAUGCUCAGCUCAAAGCAGCGCAGGAACUAAUUAAAUGCGGAGUACAACAAAACCGUCUUACGUCCAACUAUCAUCUAGUUGGCCACAGACAACUCAUUGCAACUGCCAGCCCCGGCAGAAACCUCUACAGAAUAAUACGCGGAUGGCCCAAUUUUUUAGCCAAUCCUUCGAUUAUUAAGAAUUUUGAAUUUAUGCAACUCUAGAUGUCACGAUCAUUCAGUAUGAGAUUUUGUAGUUUAUCUUUUGUAAUUAAUACUCGUAUUAUGAUUUCUAAAACCUCUACUUACUUCAAUAAGAAUCCAAAUAUAUUUUAUUCCAAAAAACUAUA